AUGCAUCCAAAGGUAGCUCUCAGCGCGUUGAUCUACACUAGACUAGCGUUCUGUUUUGAUCUGUCUACCCUUUACACGCCUAUACGCGGUCACAGUGCCAACACACUCGUACUCAAUGUCAACGACACUGCGCUGUGCCUUCUCACUCACGGACGACCCGAAAUCUAUCUUUCCACGCCCCAGAACACUACCUUGUCUAACCAAGGGUCCACAUGCAUCUGGUCAGACAACCACUCAAAGCAAUACUGCAUCUUCGCAGACCCGCAAUUGGAUAACGGAAAGGGAAUCACCGUGAUAACAACCCCCGAGCGCAUCCUCCACAUCGCCAAAUUCAUCGCCACAGUGUCAGAUCACCACCUCAGCCUCACCCAUGAAUCGUUAUUCAGAACCUCACCGAGCGGAAGCAAAGGCCGUGGCAUAUUCGCAACCAAACACAUUCCCGCAGGCAGCCUCAUCACCGAGGAGACACCAAUCAUAUUUCUGGACCGCAACUGGGCCGAAGACAUCUCGUCCGAGGAAGUGCGAACAUCACUUCAGGCCUUGGCUAUCGAGAAGCUACCAAAAGCCACACGACAGACGGUCGACGAGCUUUACAUCGGAACUUUCACGAAGAGCCUGAAACAGAAGAUCUGGACGAACGGGUACGGCGUCUCCGGCGGACCCGUAGAGGACUGGCCGGGGUUGGAAGAUGAAGCGGACCUCGGCAUGAUUGCGGUCCACGCAAACAUAUCCAAAAUCAACCACAGCUGCCGCUCCAACGCAGCAUCCCAGUGGGACUGGGACUUGCUCGCACACAGGCUGUGGGCAGUCCGCGACAUCGCCGCUGGCGAGGAGAUUACCAUAUCCUACUUCGACCCCAUUCAGACCCUGCGAGAACGACAACACUAUUCAACAGACGCGCUCGGCUUCAAAUGCGCUUGUAGCCACUGCCAAGCCCCUUCCAAGUUUGCAGAGCUAUCUGACGACCGCGUCAACGAGAUUCACCUACUACAAGGGUACCUAGAAACUCGCGAAAUCGCCCCGGCCGAGCCCACUGCAAUGGCCGAGCUGCUAGUCAACCUAUACAAGCAGGAGGGAUUGGACUCUUACCUUUGCAAGGCAUACGCCAUCGCGGCGCGCGAGUGGAAUGGCGCGGGGUACGAGUACCAAGCACGCUCAUGGGCCUAUCAAAGUGUCAAGGCCGGCCUCGUGGCUGGUUCAGGAACGGGAAUGGAAGAGUAUGCGGCAUCAGCGGCUCCCGGUAUCACGCUCGGUGGCUCAUGGGGCUACGGUCAAGACAGGACUGUACUUUGUCCCGUUGCGCCAUCGUGCGAACAUUACAUCUUUCGCAUGAGCAUCACGGCUCAGUCUGGAGUUCGGGCUUUGCGAGUGAACUAUCUCUUUGCGCAAGACGGUCGUCGAUUCCAGCUUGAUGCAGCGCAGCUACUGAUAUCGGGUAAUAGCCCGGUGCCGGAGAGCGUGGUGGUCGCUAAGCGUGAUCCGCGAAUGAAGCCGGGCGUGCCAAACGCGCAGCUUGGAUUGUCUUGCAAGAUAACAAGUGGAGUUUCCAGCUUCAAUGUUGCGCUGCAGUCGGGAAAACAUGAAUCGACUUUUAUUGUGUGCGACAGGGGCGACAGCGCUGGAGACUCGGCCGUGCUGUUCAACGUGGAGGGGAUAUCGGUUUGA